GGAAGAAGGAGAAGAGGAAGAAGAGAUGGACGAGCAGACGAGGUUGAUGCACUCUCACUCGGGGGUAGGCAUGGCAGGGCACCCCGGCCUGCCGCAGCAUAUGCAGGAGGGCACCGGAGGAACGGACGGCGACGGGAGGAAGCAGGACAUUGGAGACAUUUUACAGCAAAUCAUGACCAUCACGGACCAGAGUCUGGACGAAGCUCAAGCCAGGAAACACGCUCUCAACUGUCACAGAAUGAAGCCAGCUCUUUUCAAUGUCUUGUGUGAAAUCAAAGAGAAAACAGUGCUGAGUAUCCGCGGCGCCCAGGAGGAGGAGCCCCCGGAUCCCCAGCUCAUGCGCCUGGACAACAUGCUGCUGGCCGAGGGCGUGUCCGGACCGGAGAAAGGCGGAGGGUCGGCAGCGGCAGCGGUGGCGGCGGCGGCGGCGGCCUCGGGAGGGGUGGGGGUGGGGGCGGAAAACACCACGGAGCACUCGGACUACAGGGCGAAGCUGACCCAGAUCAGACAAAUCUACCACACAGAGCUGGAGAAGUACGAGCAGGCGUGUAACGAGUUCACCACCCACGUGAUGAACCUGUUGCGGGAGCAGUCGCGCACGCGGCCGAUUUCGCCCAAAGAGAUCGAGCGCAUGGUGAACAUCAUUCACCGCAAGUUCAGCUCCAUCCAGAUGCAGCUCAAGCAGAGCACCUGCGAGGCCGUCAUGAUCCUGCGCUCCCGCUUCCUCGAUGCCAGACGGAAAAGACGAAACUUCAACAAGCAGGCGACAGAGAUCCUGAACGAGUAUUUCUACUCGCACCUCAGUAACCCCUACCCCAGCGAAGAGGCUAAAGAGGAGCUGGCAAAGAAGUGCGCCAUCACAGUUGCCCAGGUUUCCAACUGGUUUGGGAAUAAAAGAAUCAGAUACAAGAAAAACAUUGGUAAGUUCCAAGAAGAAGCCAACAUGUACGCUGCGAGAACUGCCGUGAAUGCGGCUAAUGCAUCCUCACAUGGAAGCCAAGCAAAUUCACCCUCAACUCCAAACUCUGCAGGUUCUGGCGGCUCUUUUAACAUGUCAAACUCCGGGGACUUGUUCAUGAGCGUGCAGUCUCUCAAUGGGGACUCGUACCAGGGGGCUCAGGUGGGAGCCAACGUGCAGUCACAGGUGGAUACCCUUCGCCAUGUUAUCAGUCAGACAGGCGGAUACAGUGAAGGACACACAGCCAACCAGAUGUACAGUCCGCAGGGCAUCAAUGCAAACGGCGGCUGGCAGGAUGCUCCGACCCCCUCGUCAGUGACUUCACCCACAGAAGGACCCGGAAGCGUUCACUCUGACACCUCCAACUGAUCCUCCACCCUCUCACUCCUCCUGUUUCCCAGCCUCCUCCAUCACUGCAACCCCCUCCCCCCGCCUCCUCCCCCAGCCCUCCCAGCCACAUCUCCCAAAACUUAAGCUCAAUCCCCAUCAGGACUGGACGUGACGUACUGUUUGUAGUCACGCGGCGGGACACAGCUGGGGUCUGGGAUGACAUUUACGGACAAAAUAUUUCACUUUUCCUAUCCGGACCGCCACGGCUCCGUUAGCAGCCUGCGGAGGGGACUCCCAUCCACAGUUUGUACAGUUUCCAUUCGAUGUCCAUGUUGCCUCUUUGUAUCUUUCUUAUUAUUAUUAUUGUUAUUGUUAUUAUUAUUAUUAUUAUUAUUAUUAUUAUUAUGUGUUCACGUCGUCAGCAGCGCAACGCCCCCACGUCUUGUAAAUUGAAAAUGCUUCCACACUACCUCGAUUCGAAAUACACUUUCACCGCGCCCUGUCAUGGCACCUCUGUCUCGGUUCACACGAUUCUGUCUACAGUGCCAACGUUCAAACCUGGAGGUGAAUUUUGAUAAUGAUACGUUUUAAUGUCCACCCCAUACUUUGUAAAGUAUUAUUAUGUUAGUCAAGUCAUAUUAGUCAGGUAAUAACUCAAUUUAUCUAGUUUGUAUUCAGAACUUCUACAGCAGACAGUGACAUAUGAGACAUUUUAUAUGUUAUCGCCAGAGAAGCAGGAUUUCUGCUCAUCUGCAGAACAAUAAUGCAAAGAAUUCACAAUUUUCUCGCAAGAACUUAACAGAGAACUCUCUCGUGGAGAUAUUCGACGUUCUGUCAUGCUUGUUGGCUGCAGCCACAGCAUUCAUAAAAUAAUUGACCUGUAAACACUCAAAUCGACGGUAGCGGGAGCAGAAAUUGCGGCACGCCAACGUGCAUUAAAGCACAAUACCGCCUACUGAUUUGACUCAAACGGUAACGUUUGUAAAUGACGAAGAGAAAACAAUACAGAGGACAUUUUUAAGAUAUAGGAGUGGCAUAUGGAAGAAAGAGAGACAUACAGUAUAUGAUCAGGCAUCAUCCGUGUGUAUCAGUGAGAGCAAUGUAGCCAAAUACUGCUGGUAACCAAAUCCAAAACAAAAAUAAUUGCAUUUCAGAUUUUUAAAGGUGCCACGGUGUUGGGAUUCGACACGUCGCAUACCCUUUCUCUGAAUUCACUUUUCAUUUGUGGAAUUCCAUUUGUGCGAUAAUGGCGAGAGUGCGGUGGGGCAUUCUGAGCAGUUUGUUGCGUUUGCACAAAUUAAAAAUCAUCCUUAACCCGAUAAGAAUUGCUUUCAGGUAUACUUCGAGCUAGAACAUAUCGUUUUCCGCGCUGGAAUAAACUUGAGGCUACUUGUCCCGUAACCCCUGAUCUAUGAUAACAAAGUAGAACGUUGGAGAGAGAACUGCAGCGUUUGUAUUUUCAGUGUUCAAGAGUCCGUUCACUUAAAAUUACGCUAAAAAACGCCACACCCAUCAACACAAACAAUCCAAAAUGUGAAAAAUAAAUGUGUGACCUUUGUUGUAUGUACAGUAUAGUAUGUGGUCGAACAUGUAUACGAGAUAUCAUUUGCAUACUUUGAUACCAAAUUUUGACUUUUUAUCUUCGACAUUGGGAUCAGCUUUGAGCUUUUCUUUUUUUUCCUCUUUUCAUAGGAUUUGAUUAUCCCCAGUACUAGCGCGCAUGUCAUCACGCUCUAGUUCUCUGUAUUCAAAGCCCAAGGAAAUGCAGAAGUGUUUAUAUACAUUGAAACGGAAACUAACACCCUGAUGGCACACAAAUCCAGAUAAUGUUUGGACAUAUUUUUAUGUCUCCAUUUUGUGAAAAGCUUUGUUGUUUUCCUUUGAUAUAACGUUGGCUUCGCUACAGGAUUGUUUCUUUGUUAAUGCUCCCAUUAUAAGUGAAUUAGCCCAAGAAUGCUCUAUAUACAGUAUGUAGAUAUGCACCUUUACUCUGUUUUUUUUAAUUUUUAUUUUGCAUCUAUUGAAUUUGGACAGCAGCCAUUUUAGCGCAGCCUGACGGAGUUCCUGUUGGAUUCAAGGCCACAUCUUGGUUAUUAUUUUUGUACUAAAGACCACCGACACAAGCCCGCCUCCAACAUGGCUACUGUCCGGACGAAGGGGACCUGAAGGGUUUGCGUUCACAUCGCCCUCCGGCAUUGUUUUUUCUUAGCAUAACUGGACCCCUAUCGGAAAACAAAACUCAAUCCCAACCAGUCGUACACCCUUUUUUUUUAAAUUUUUUUUACAGUUGUCAGUGUGUUUGUAUUUAUUACACACGUAUGAAAUCAUGGACGUUCCAGAGCUACUGCGUGGAAAUCAACCACGGCGUGAUCGCACCAAACAAAACUCACUUGGAUCAUUCGGAGGGCUCCUCCUCGACUCACUCACUCAGAAUAAUGGGAGGUACACACAGAAACCUGCCUCAGUCGUGUCUCCUGAAGUCAUUGGAGUGAAUUGACAGCACCGGCCAUGCAAGGCAAACGUACGGAUUGUUUUUGCACCCCUCAAAGAAGAAAUAAUAAUAAUAAUAAUAACUUAACUCUACUUUUCACAUUGCCUGUCAAAUAUUAUCGAAGCUUCAUGUAAUGAUGCUUUUGAAUUUGUUUUUUUUAUAUAUAUAAAAAGGAAAAGAGACAUGAAAAGAAAAACGAACAAUUUGUAAAACAUGAAAUGUUUUAUUUGUUGCAUGUCCUUUUUGUUCUUCAAUAAAAUAACGUACUGCA